AUGGAAAAUAAAGAAAAUAAAAGAAGAGGUUUUUUAAAAAAUUGGAAUAUUAAUUAUUUGUCAACAAAUUUUAAUAAUUUUAUAAAACAUAACGAAAACACACAUAAUACUAAACAUGAUCAAAAAAAUGAACAUGUUGAUGAUAUCAAAACAAAUAAUAUAUAUGAUAAUAAUAAUAAUAUAAAAUUUAUCAAAGAAAAAAUGAAAGAAAAUAAUAAUAAUAAUAAUAAUAAUAAUAUAAAUUUAUCAUCUUCUAUAUCUAAUAAAGAUUAUUAUGAUACCUUAAAUCAUAAUAUUAAAGACUGUAUACAUGUAAUGAAUGAUUCUAAUUCUAGUACCAAUAAACAUACUUCCUAUUUGGAUUUCUGUGAAACAUGGUCCAAAUUUAAAUUUAGGAAUUUAGCUAGUCAUGCAAAUGAUCAAAUAAACAAAGACAAACCAAGUUAUAACAAUGGAGGAGAACCACAAAAUAAUGGAUUUACAAAGAAAAAUUCAUGUGAUAAUAAAGGUUUCUUAAAUUGUAGUACCGCAAAUAAUAUCUCCAGCAGUAAUUAUUUGAAUACUCAUAAUAAUAUGAAUCAUUAUACUAAUCGUGAUCAUAACAAUAUUGACAAUAAUAAUAAGAAUAAUAAGAAUAAUCACCAUCAUAGUAAUAAUAACAACAUUAAUAAUUAUAGCAAUAAUAACGAUAAUAAUAAUAAUAAUAGUAAUAAUAAUCAUAAUAAUAAUAAUCAUAACAAUAAUAAUCAUAAUAAUAAUCAUAAUAAUAAUAAUGAUGGUAAUCAAUUUAAUCGUCACAAUAAUUAUAAUAACAAUCAUAUGAAUAAUUAUAAUGGUCAUAAUAAUAAUGAUGGUGAUGAUGAUAACGGUGAUCAUAGUGAUAAUAAUAACAAUAGCAAUAAUAACGAUAAUAAUAAUAAUAAUAGUAAUAAUAAUCAUAAUAAUAAUAAUCAUAACAAUAAUAAUCAUAAUAAUAAUCAUAAUAAUAAUAAUGAUGGUAAUCAAUUUAAUCGUCACAAUAAUUAUAAUAACAAUCAUAUGAAUAAUUAUAAUGGUCAUAAUAAUAAUGAUGGUGAUGAUGAUAACGGUGAUCAUAGUGAUAAUAAUAACAAAAGAAAUAAUACGUUUUAUAAAAAUAAUGAUGCCUCUUCAAUUUCCUCAUCAUCUUCUAUAUCCUCAUCUUCCUCAUUUGUUUCAAAUGAUCCUUAUUCAGAAAAUAUUCCAAAAAGAAAUAAUGAGCAAUGUAAGAGGAAAAAAAAAAAAAAAAAGGAAAAAGAAAAUAACAAUAAUUAUAAUAAUAAUAAUAAUAACUGCCCGGAUAUGGAUACGUAUAAUAAUAAUAUGGAAAGUAAUAUGAGGAGUGAUGCACAUACACAUCAUAACCAUAUUAAUGGAAGAAAUAGUCAUAAUAAUAGUUGUGGUAUACAACAUAAUUAUAAUAAUAAUUACAAUCAUUAUGAACAUAAUAAUUCAAAUGAUAGUUCUGCAAGAAGUGAAAGAAGAAAUAGCUUAAAUAAUUUUAAUUUUAGAAAGGGUUCAUCAAAUGAUAAUAGUGAAUUUUAUAAUAAUAAGGAUCAUUCUAAUGAUUUAAUAAAUAAUCAUCCUAUUCAUCAUAUGAAUAGUAAAAGUCAUCAUAUAAAUUAUUCCAGUCAUAAUGUUAUGAAUAAAAAUUGUGGAAAUAAAAGAAAUUACACAUCUAACAAUUCGGGGGAUUAUAACGAGAGCGUAAAAAGUAACAACUAUUAUAACCACGCAGGUAAUAAUACUAAUUAUUAUAAUAGUAAUAAAAAUAGUGCUUCAAGUGAAAAUUUAAAUAAACUAAUAAAAAAAACAGCAGAGGCAGGAGAAGGAGAUAAUUUAAAAGAUUCUAUUGAUAAGACAGAAGAAGUGGAAAAAAAAAAUCCAAAUAUGAUAAAUAUUGAAAUGUUAAAUCCAGAAGAUAGAAAAAAAGAAGCUGAGAAAUAUAAAGUAUUAGGAAAUCAAAGUUAUAAACUAGGUUAUUUUGAAUCAGCUAUUGAUUAUUAUACUAAAGCUAUACAAUAUGAUAACACUAAUCAUGUAUAUUAUACUAAUAGAGCUUUAUGCUAUAAAAAACAAAAAUUAUGGAAACUAGCUAAUAUGGAUGCUAGACAAGCAUUAAAUUUAGAAGAAGAAUCAGUUAAGGCUCAUUUUAUUCUUGGACUCACUUUAUUACAUUUAAAUAGUUUAGAAGAAGGAUUAAAAAAAUUAACAAAAGCAAAAACCCUAUCAAGCUAUUUAAAAGAUUCAAAUGAAAGUGAAAUUAAUAGAUAUAUUAUGCAAGCCAAAAAAUUAAUUUAUUUACGUGAUGAACAAAAUAAACAAUUGUCCUACACAGAAUUACAAUCCUUUUUUAUUGAUAAAAUCAAUUUAUUAAACCAAAUAGGAUAUAUAACCAAUGAAGAAAAAUCUUUAAGAAUACAACAAACGGAAGGAAUUUUUAAAGAAUUAUUAGAUUCCUUUCAAAAAAAACAAGUUCCAGAUUAUUUAUGUUGUAAAAUAUCCAUGUGCUUAAUGAAUGAACCUGUUAUAACUCCUAGUGGUAUGACGUAUGAUAAAAUAUUCUUAUAUGAACAUGUAAAACAUAAUGGCUCCUUCGAUCCUGUCAGCAGGGAACAAUUCUCUAUACGUGAAGUUAUUCCAAACUAUGCUAUAAAAGAAGCCACAGAGCACUUUUUGAAAGCAAAUCCAUGGGCCUUCGAGGAAUGA